AUGGCUGAGGGGAAAUGCCAUUCCAUCUGGAGUAUUGUGCAGAGGAAAAGAGGCUCUGAGACUGACCGGCCAGAGUCCAUCAGCUUGAAAAGAUGUCUGAACAGCUGGGACUUAACAGCGCUGGGCGUGGGCAGAACGCUGGGCAUCGGCGUGUAUUUGCUGAUGGGCGGCGUGGCUCUGAGGAUUGCCGGACCAUCAAUUGUUUUAUCCUUUCUCAUCGCUGCUCUGGCGGCUCUUUUAACCGGUCUAUGCUAUGCAGAGUUCGCCACCCGGAUUCCCCUGGCAGGAACUGUCUUUAAUUACACAUACUUGGCAAUUGGGCAAUUGGUGGCAUUUAUGAUUGGAUGGAUUAAUAUACUUGAAUUUGUUUUCGCUUCGGCGACUAUCGCCCGCAGCUUGAGCGGCUACAUCGACUCAGUCACAAACCACUCCAUGUCUGACUGGUUCUUGCAAGUUGUACCCUUAGGCGGAUCUCCACUCUCACCACACUUCGAUUUGUUUUCGUUCCUCUUAGUUCUUCUCUUUGGAAUAAUACUGGUGAUGGGUGUCCGGGAAGCGUCUCUGGUCAACGGCGCCGUCUGUUGUAUCAGUCUACUCUUCGUACUGUUCAUCAUUAUUGCUGGAGCUACUGCAGUUAACGUUGCUAAUUGGAGCAUCCCAGUGAACGAAGUACCUGAGGGUUUUGGCGUUGGUGGAUUCUUUCCGUAUGGUGUGUGGGGGACGUUAAAAGGUGCUGCUGUGUGUUUCUACUGCUUCGUUGGGUUCGAAGUAGUAAAUACAGCAGCAGAAGAGGUGAAAUCCCCUCGAGUAACCAUACCUACAUCCAUUGUAGCGGUGCUUUCUUUCGUGUUCCUGAUGUACAUCGCCCUCAGCAUAAUACUCACCAUGAUGGUGCCCUACUACGAGAUAGCUGCCGCCGCAUCACUGUCGAGGGCCUUCAGCUCCGUUGGAUGGGACUGGCCGUGGUGGAUAGUCAAUGUUGGUGCCCUUUUUGGCUUAUCUGCCAGUUUGUUUGGAGCAAUAUUCCCUCUUCCACGUCUCCUGUAUUCCAUGGCAGCCGAUGGUCUGCUCUUUCACUGGUUCGCAAAAGUUGGCACGAAUAAACAGUCACCAAUUGUUGCCACAGUCGUAUCUACUCUUGUUAUUGCUCUUCUAUCAGCACUGUUCGAGUUUGAGCAACUGCUCCUCAUGUUAUGUAUCGGAGCUCUCAUGUCAUACACCCUGGUGGCCAUAUCUGUCGUAUUGCUAAGGCAUAAUUCCUACUCACUACCUGAUGAAAAGACAAGUUGUUUGAAACAAUUCCUUGGACGUGGAGACAAACGAGCGACAUGGAAGACAAAGCGAAUAAUAAAUUUAACAAUGCUCCUGUACGUAUGUCUCUGCAUAACAAUAGCAAUCGUGAUCAUAUAUACGAGUAGACCACUCGCAGCCAUAAUCAUUCUUCACAUAUUGGCGAUCUUGACUGUUAUUAUAAUGGCUUUGCAGCCUGCUAAUGAUGAGGAACUAUCGUUUAAAACGCCUCUUGUACCUUUUCUUCCAUGUAUAAGUAUUUACGUUAACAUACAUUUGGCAGCGAUCAUCAGUUGGCACUCAUGGGUUAGAGUUCUGAUAUGGGUAUUAAUAGGUAUUCCCAUUUAUUUCAUCUGUCUUUGCAUCUACACACAAGCAGAUGGCGAAACUGAUGAUUUGGAUGAUCAUGUAAUUAAUAAUGGUAAACCAACGGUUAAAAUCAUAGUUGAAUCCCCAACACCACCACACACGUUAACACGUUUUAAAAACCAUGAAGAAGACGCAGAAAAUAUUUACACAGUUGCUGCUAUCCAAUCGGUUGUAGCAAAACCAUUUAUGCAAGAAAUACAAAUUGAAAAUAGCGCAGAAAAAGAAGCAAAAAUUAUAGAUUUAUUGGACCAAGUUCUCCAAGCCGAAGAAGAUUCAUACAGUGAAGUUAUAAGUCUGAAAGAAACUAAUGGAGAAAACGAGGGUGUUGUGACAAAUAGUAAUGAUAGUGAGGGUGGUAUUCCACAUAGAAAAUCACUAAGCGAACUGUCUGAUGCCGGUUCAGAUGCCUCAAUGGGUAAUCAAGUAUUAUCCAAAUACGAUGUUAUUGCUCAAGUACAUAGGGAAGACUUACCAAAACUAAAGGAAGAAGAAGAAGAAAGGGGCGAUAUUUUAGAAGAUGAUGACGAGGAAGUAACAGCGUUCAAUGAAAGUGAAACGAAUUCUCGAACAGACGAAUCAGGAUACUCGGAUACUUUAGAUAGACCGACAUUCGGAGGGUCUAUAGAAGAUCCCAAUAUUUCAAAUAUACCAGUACCACCACCAAUAGACGAAAAUUAUUUUAGAACGCCUGUUCCUUUGGACUUUAGCAAGUUUAAUACUAUGCCUGUGAAGCAUACCAAAGAUGAUUUAGAAGACAGUAAUAGAUUACAAUCUGACGAUCGUUCAGAUGCAGAAGAUAUUUCAAACAUACCUGUACCACCACCGUUUGAUGAAAACUAUUUUAAAACACCUACUCCGUUAAACCUUAAGAAAUUUAAUACUAUACCUUCUAAGCACGCUAAAGAAGAAGAAGACUAUAACGUUAAUGAACCCAGACUGAGCAUAGAAUCGAACAACUCACAAGGUGAGGACAAUAUAAGAUUUGGUAGUUCUAGGCAAAUUAAACUUAUGUCUAAGCUAAAUGAUAUAUUUCAAAAAUCAAUAAGCAGUGAAGAAGACAUUCCCAGAACUAGAUCACAGUCGACAAGUAACAGUAUAGAAGCAGAACUAGCUGUAGCCGCUAGUAGGGAACGACCACAAGUAUUCCUAGACCUAAAAAAGGAAUUGUUAUCUAAAGAAACGUUACCGAAUCUGCGACACGUAAAUAAUGAAAUAGAAAAACCAGUCGUAUCGAAGCCAGUUGAAUCUGAAGAAGAUGAAGAUCAAGCAAUGAGCAGAAGCGAAUUAAAAAGUAAACUUGAAAACAUAUUCGCUCUAGGUGGACCUCAACUUUUAGCUAAGCCACGACUCAUGAAAUCAAAUCCACCAACACCGGAGGAAGCAUAUCACACUGAUGCAUCAAGCACUGAGAGUAUAUCAAAGCUCCCAAAAAUGGAAAAGAAUGACACACUUAAAAGACAAAAGGAGAAAUUUGGUGAAGUUUUAAAUUCAUUUCGAAUUAGUGUAAAUAACGAUGAUAAGGUAUAG